GCCUGCGUGUCAGCGCUACCUGGCGGGGCUUUCUCCCUGGAUUUCCUCCGCCUGCUGCCCCUAAACCCGCCUGCCACACCCUCGGCCGCCAAGGUAGCCUCAUGGCUGCAACCUGUGAGAUUAGCAACGUUUUUAGCACCUACUUCAGUACGAUGUACAGCUCGGAUGACCCCAAUCUGGCCUCUGUUCCCCCUGCCGCCGCCUUCGGGGCCGAUGACCUGGUGCUGGCGCUCAGCAGCCCGCAGGUGCCCCUGGAGGGCACAGAGAAGGCCAGCUGGUUGGGAGAGCAGCCCCAGCUCUGGUCCAAGGCCCAGGUCCUGGACUGGAUCAGCUACCAAGUGGAGAAGCACAAGUAUGACGCCAGCACCAUUGACCUCUCGCGCUGUGACAUGGACGGGGCUGCGCUCUGCCGCUGCGCCCCUGAGGAGCUGCGCCUGGUCUUCGGGCCCCUGGGGGACCAGCUCUACUCCCAGCUGUGGGACCUCACUUCCAGCUUCCCCGACGAGCUCAGCUGGAUCAUGGAGCUUCUGGAGAAGGACAGCAUGGCGCUUCUGGAACCCCUGGGGGACCAGGGCCCCUUGGACCAGGGAAGCCCCUUUGCCCCGGAGAUGCUUGAGGACUGCAGACAGGCCAGCCCCUUCUACCCGGGCAGCUUCGGCACGGGGGUCCCCUCCCCGGGCAGCUCUGACGUCUCCACCGCAGGGACCGGCGCGUCUCAGAGCCCCCAGGCCUCAGACUCCAGUGGAAGCGACGUGGACCUGGACGCCCUGGACAGCAAGCUCUUCUCUGGGGACGGCUUUCCCGACUACAAGAAGGGGGAUCUUAAGCAUGGGAAGCGGAAACGGGGCCGGCCCCGAAAGCUGAGUAAAGACUCCAGGGAGUGUCUUGAGGGCAAGAAGAGCAAGCAGGCCCCCAGAGGCACCCACCUGUGGGAGUUCAUCCGCGACAUCCUCAUCCACCCGGAGCUCAACGAGGGCCUCAUGAAGUGGGAGAACCGGCAAGAGGGCGUCUUCAAGUUCCUGCGCUCGGAGGCCGUGGCCCAGCUCUGGGGCCAGAAGAAGAAAAACAGCAGCAUGACCUACGAGAAGCUGAGCCGGGCCAUGAGGUACUACUACAAACGGGAGAUCCUGGAGCGGGUGGACGGCCGGCGGCUUGUCUACAAGUUCGGCAAAAACUCCAGCGGCUGGAAGGAGGAGGAGGUGGCCGGGCAUAGGAACUGAGGGUCGGACCGGCCCUGCGACCAAAGCUCGGACCUGAGGCUGCAGCCCCCGGAGGGGACCACCAGGACACCUGGGCAUGCGCCCUGCGCCGUGGAGAGAAGCUGAGGCUCUGGCUCCUGUCGGCCAUCGUCCUGGCAUCUGGGGCAGGUGGCCUCUGCUCUCUGUUCUCCUCUUGGAAUUACAAGCCUGGUGUUUGAGGCCACUUGUGUGCUGGCUGUAGCUGCGCUCGCGGCUCCUUCUAUUGGGCUGCGUCAGACCAAAUCAGACCCCAGUGGCGGACACCUCCCUCCUACAGAGGCCGGAGCAGGCUGAGAAGGCUGGGGGCCCUGGGCCCUGAGAAGGGCCCCCUCUUUCUGGACUGGCUUCCCACUCCCCACUCAGUGCUUGGACUCCGCGGGCGGGGGUCAGAGCACUCCGUAAUUUAUGUGCUAUAAAUACAGAUAUGUACAUAGAGAUCUAUUUUUUCUAAGACAUUCCCCUCCCGCCCCUCCCUCACCAGGUGCUGGUGGCCACACUGACUGUUCUAGGCCCUCUGUGGACCAGUGAGGAGCAGGGCAGUGCCGGGACCCUUGGGACGGGGCUCCUGGCUCCCUCCUCCUGUGAAUGGGGGCAGAGACCUCCAAUAAAGUGCCUUCUGGGCUUUUUCUAA